AUGCGCCGCCGCCUCUGGCUGGGCCUGGCCUGGCUGCUGCUGGCGCGGGCACCGGGCGCCCCGGGCGGGUACCCGCAUCUGGAGGGCGACGUACGUUGGCGCCGCCUCUUUUCCUCCACCCACUUCUUCCUGCGUGUGGACCCUGGUGGUCGGGUGCAGGGGACGCGUUGGCGGCACGGCCAGGACAGUAUUGUUGAGAUCCGUUCUGUCCGGGUGGGCACUGUGGUGAUCAAGGCUGUGUACUCAGGCUUCUAUGUGGCCAUGAAUCGCAGGGGCCGCCUCUACGGGUCGCGGGUCUACUCUGUGGACUGUAGGUUCCGGGAGCGCAUUGAGGAGAACGGCUACAACACAUACGCCUCGAGACGCUGGAGGCACCACGGCCGACCCAUGUUCUUGGCGCUGGAUGGCCAGGGCCUUCCCCGGCAGGGCAGGCGCACGCGGCGGCACCAACUGUCCACACACUUCCUGCCAGUGCUGGUCUCGUCUUGAAGGGCCUGCUGAUGGUUCAGGAGGCAUGGGCGGCGCAGAGGGCCUGCAGGAUCUGGAGCUGGGAGUAAGGGGCCCAGGCCAGGGAGGGACCCUGCUGGCUGCCAGGCAUGGGGACAGGGCAGGGUCCCUGCAGGCGAGGCCAACUCUCUGGAUACACAACCUGGCAGUUUCCACCCCACCUAGUUUGGAGGUCGAGAACACUCCGGGGCUCAACCUGACUUGUGCUCUGGGCACAGCACGGAGGGGCUUGGAGAUGGGGACACACUGGGUGGAUGAGGAUAGUAAGGACAGGGAGGAUAGGGCCCAGGUCAGCAGGGCAGUGACACAGACAUAGGAGCCCAUGUGGUCAGAGUAGGGGCUGGAGCUAAGGGCACUUCUUGCCGAUUCUCCCUCAUCAGGUUGCUCACAGUCCCUGUAUCUCCCACCCCAGAGGCUCUGACUCCCUCUUCUGGCCUUUGCAGGUACCUGCACUCAUGUGCACAAACCCUACUGUCCAUACACAUAAAACAUACUUUAUUACUACUACUUCUCCCCCCCAACCCAGACAUGGUUUCUCUGUGUAACAGCUGUAGCUGUCCUGGACUUGCUUUGUAGACCAGGCUGACCUCUGACACAGAGAUCCGCCUGUUUCUGCCUCCCGUGAGCUGGGAUAAAAGGCGUGUCACCAUGCCCAAUGUGGCACCUCUGGACACUGGGAUGUGUUCGAUGCCUGAGUUUCCUGGAGUCGCUGGUAGGGACCAGCCUGAUCUCACCUAGAUUACGGCCUGGGGGAGGCCGGUAUCAGACUCUGACCUGGACCCAGCAAUAAACGUUUUUGACCUUGAUGUGCGUGGUUGCUACCAAAGCGGCAGGACACAAGCACUGUAGCUGGCGCUUUCAGAACGGACGCCCAGGUCCUCAGCAUCUCCAGGGAGUGGUGCUCUGCGGGGUUACCUGUGGGGCAACCUUUUCUGCUCUCAGGCUCUUGGGGUGGGAUGUGGCUGGCAGCUUUUGUCAUUUAAGCACCACUGACCUGAGGCCAAGACUUAGGCCCAGACCAUGGCAGAGGGCACCACC